GGUAUCGUCCAAUCAGCAUCGACUCGAGAAGUGCCGGGGCAAAUAAUAUACUUUCAUGCAUGUUAUACUACUGCUGAGCAAAAUUGAAUAAGAGGUAAUAACUGUAAACACGUUCACCAGAGGAAUACAGACAGAACCAUACAACUGUGCUACAACAGAGGUAUGGAUGCAGAGGGUUUCGGGGAGCUGCUGCAGCAGGCAGAGCAGCUAGCUGCCGAGACAGAAGCAGUGUCAGAGCUGCCACAUGUUGAGAGGAACCUCCAGGAGAUCCAGCAGGCUGGAGAGAGGCUUCGAUCCCGCACCCUGAACCGCACCUCGCAAGAUGCUGCCGACGUAAAAGCGUCAAUCCUCCUUGGUUCCAGAGGUUUAGACAUCUUCCAUAUUUCUCAGAGGUUGGAAAGUCUAAGUGCUGCCACCACUUUUGAGCCCCUGGAGCCGGUCAAAGACACCGACAUACAGGGCUUCUUGAAGAACGAGAGGGACAACGCCCUCCUGUCAGCCAUCGAGGAGUCUCGCCGCAGGACGUUCCUGUUGGCUGAAGAGUACCACCGUGAGUCCAUGCUGGUCCAGUGGGAGCAGGUGAAGCAGAGAGUGUUGCACACACUACUUGGAGCAGGAGAGGAUGCACUGGACUUCAGUCAAGAUGUGGAGCCCAGCUUUGUGAGUGAAGUGACAGCUCCAGGAAGGAGUGCGUUGGACAGCGUGGAGGUGGCCUAUGGACGACAGAUUUACAUUUUCAAUGAGAAGAUAGUGAACGGUCACAUUCAGCCUAAUCUGGGAGACUUAUGUGCUUCUGUAGCAGAAAGCCUGGAUGACAAGAAUGUAUCAGACAUGUGGCUGAUGGUGAAGCAGAUGACAGAUGUGUUGCUGGUUCCAGCCAAAGACACUCUCAAAAGUCGCACCUCUGUUGAAAUGCAAAUGGCCUUCGUACGCCAGGCGCUCAGCUUCCUUGAGAACAGUUAUAAAAACUACACCAUGGUGACUGUGUUUGGGAACCUCCAUCAGGCCCAACUAGGAGGAGUGCCAGGAACGUACCAGCUAGUCCGUAGCUUCCUCAACAUUAAACUACCAGGGCCCCUGCCUGGCAUGCAGGACGGUGAGAUAGAGGGCCACCCGGUGUGGGCUGUGAUCUACUACUGUCUGCGUUGCGGAGAUCUGAAUGCAGCCAUGCAGGUUGUGAACAGAGUGCAGCAUCAGCUAGGAGACUUCAAGACCUGGUUUCAGGAGUACAUGAACAGCCCUGACAGACGCCUUUCCCCAACUUCAGAGAACAAGCUUCGCCUCCACUACCGCAGAGUGCUGAGGAACAGUGCUGACCCCUACAAGAGAGCCGUCUACUGCCUGAUUGGGAAAUGUGACAUCAGUGAUAACCAUGGAGAGGUGGCAGACAAGACUGAAGACUACCUCUGGCUAAAGUUGAACCAGGUGUGUUUUGAUGAUGACGGCAGCAGCUCUCCUCAGGACAGACUGACCCUGCCACAGCUACAGAAACAGCUGCUGGAGGAUUAUGGAGAGUCCCAUUUCUCCGCGAGCCAGCAGCCCUUCCUGUAUUUCCAGGUGUUGUUCCUGACAGCUCAGUUUGAGGCGGCGGUGGCUUUCUUGUUUCGUGUCGAGAGACUUCGGAGCCAUGCUGUGCACGUGGCGUUGGUCCUGUAUGAGCUUCGGCUGUUGCUGAAGUCAUCUGGCCAAAGCGCUCAGCUGUUGAGUCAGGAGCCGGGCGACCCUCCCAUGGUACGCCGCCUCAACUUUAUCCGUCUGCUCAUGCUGUACACUCGCAAGUUUGAGUCCACUGAUCCACGGGAAGCCCUGCAGUACUUCUACUUCUUACGCAAUGAAAAGGACAGCCAGGGAGAAAACAUGUUCAUGCGUUGUGUCAGUGAACUCGUUAUUGAGAGCCGAGAGUUUGACAUGCUGUUGGGGAGAUUAGAAAAGGACGGCAGUAGGAAGCCUGGAGUCAUAGAUAAGUUUGCCGGGGACACCAGAGCUAUCAUCAGUAAAGUGGCUCUAGAGGCCGAGAACAAGGGCUUGUUUGAGGAGGCGGUCAAACUCUUCGAGCUGGCCAAGAACCCAGAUAAGGUGUUGGAGUUGAUGAACAGGCUGUUGAGUCCAGUCAUUGCCCAGGUCAGCGCUCCUCAGUCCAACAAGGAGAGGCUAAAAAACACUGCAGUGGCUAUUGCUGAGAGGUAUCGUUCUCAGGGCGUAGCAGGAGAGAAGUCCGUCGAUAGUACUUUUUACCUCCUGUUAGACCUGACGACGUUCUUUGAUGAGUACCACGCAGGUCACGUUGACAGAGCCUACGACGUGAUGGAGCGUUUAAAGCUUCUUCCUCUCAGUCAGGACAGUGUGGAGGAGAGAGUGGCUGCUUUCAGGAACUUCAGUGACGAGGUGCGCCACAACCUGUCUGAAGUGCUCUUGGCCACCAUGAACAUCCUGUUCACUCAGCACAAACGCCUGAAGGGGGCGCCAGCAGGCACACCAGGACGACCACAGAGGACCAUAGAGGACAGAGACAUGCUCCGCAGCCAGGCCAGAGCCCUGAUCACCUUUGCUGGUAUGAUUCCCUACAACAUGGCCGGGGACACCAACGCAAGACUGGUGCAGAUGGAAUUACUGAUGAACUGAGACAACGUCAACACACACACACACACACACAUAUACACGCAGACAUACAGCUACCUUCCUGACAGCCAGAAACCUUUUGGAGACACAGUCCACCCGCUCGCCUGUCUGCCAUUUUGUUUUGUAUAGAAUACUACAUUCAUCCUUAUAUAACCCAUCUGAGUUCCUCUUAAUUGUCAGUCUGUUCUUUUUGUUCUGUUGUUUUUCCAUUUUGUUGUUUCAUGUUUGUAUCUUUGAUGAUUUGGAAUAAAAAAAAGCUUUACUUUUCAGUUGUCUUUUUAUUUUAAACCACUUAUGUCCAUUACAUUUACUUUUUGUUUUCUCAUUUAGCUCCAUUUUUGUAAAUGUAUUGUUUUCACAGUAAUUGUUGCAUGUGCAGAGCAGUCAGUCAAGUCUUUCAUUUUCAUAGUAAGAUGGAGUGCCAAAGGAAAGCAAAACAGUUCUUCAUCUACUAUGAAACUUAAUUCAAAGUCUUGUACAUUUCCAAUAGUUAUUAUAUCAGUUUUCAAUCAAACACUUAUUCACAUUUUCCUGCAGUUUUUCAAGCUUGUUUUCUCAGUCCAGGUUGCAGUGGUGGAUUUAUUCAUUAGUCAUUAACUCAUGAAUAAAUGAUAAUCAAAAUGAUGAUCAAACAAACCACAGCUGACACAAUAAUUAGAGUACAGCUGUUUUGAAAGAAAGGUCAUUGUGAUUUUGUGUUUGAUUAUUCGUAAACAUGUUCACAGGGACAGUCAGCAGCUGAAUCGUUUAAUCAGAGGAAUAAGACUGUUCAUAUCAUUUAAAGAGAAGCUGCAGGUAGUUUUUGUCAGACACUAUGAAGAGGUGUCCUGCUGAGACAUUGGGCUCAAUAUAAUGUACACAGCAAACGCUUGAGCUCAUCUAUCCACAGAGUGAAGUGUUGAUGAAAUGUAAACAUGAGGAUUGUCAGUUUCACUUCAAUUAUUUAAAUUCCCUCUGGUUUAACAUGAGCAAGUUACUGUGUACAAUUCUCGAUCCUGAGUGUUGCAGGAAGUAGCCAUGUUGUUUCCACAGGCUGUAGUGCAGUAUCUGUGACAUGUCCUGUCCCCUGGCAGAUGGUUGGUUGGCUUGAACUUGACUACAGGACUGGAGGGAUAUUUCGGUCUGUCUCUGUAUCAGAGGGGUGAUUUCUGGGUUAACGACAUUCUCUAACACAAACUGCAAAACAUUCCUCUUAAUCAUAUUAGGUAUUUUUCUGUAUGAAAAAAGGGAUGAGUGUUUAACAUAUUCUCUAUGAAAAUAAUUCUGUUGAGUGAAUUUAUUGCUGUUUUGUCCCACAGUUAUGAUAGUGUUCUUCACCUUUGAAAAUCGUGCGAAAUGGUUGUGAAGAAUGCUCACAAGUUUUAAGUUUACUGGUCUACAAGUUACAUUUUUUGGUCUACAAGUGUAAUUUAAACUUUAAACAGCUCCCUACACUUUGAACAUUUUCAGCUUGAACCGCCGGGAAAUGCCCUAGCAACCAUUGCGAAUCUACCUGAACACCCAAGAAAGUAUCUAACAACAGCGUGUCAAUACCCUGUCAAACUUUUAGCAUCAAAAAACUGACUUCAGCUGAGGAUUGCUAGCCACCAAGCACAUGCAAAUCUUCAGAAAUAGUCACCCAUCAUCCCCUCUGUUAAAUUUGUCCCCCACACUCUCUGGCCUUCAGUCUGGCCUGAGAGAACACAGAUGGAGGCUCAUUCUGUCUUGGCUGCUCCACAUAGCUGUACAGAGAUGUUGAGUUCAUCCACGGCCACAGACAGAGCUGAGCCAAGUACUCUGGGAUCCAUGCUGUUGUACUGGGAGCAGAGACACACCACUGCCCCCCAACAUCUAAUAAUAUGCCUGGCAAUCUGAAAAUCGCCUGGUAUGUAAAUGACAUCUGAUUAGCUAUCCUCAACUAGAAUCAGAUGCUGAUUAGUCACAAUUGGGUGAUCAAGUCCGCUGCAGAGACCUCUGACCAGCAGACUUUAGUAAAUGGUGUUAUCUCUCUAUUCAUCUCACAUACACCUCAUCUGUGUGUGUGUGUGUGUGUGUGUGUGUGUGUGUGUGUGUGUGUGUGUGUGUGUGUUAAUACGUCCAGCAGCAGAAGACUUGCCUCUCAGGUGUGUGUGCUGCAGCUGGUGUUGUGAAUCAGGCCGAUGACAGACACCUCCUAUAACCCGGCUAUUUCACAACACCAGGGUGGCACUGCACCACUGCCGACGAGACGAAGAACCACCACAUGAUGCUGCUAAGGGAGAUGACGCAAGGGCUGCAAGAAAGAAAAGGUGUAUUGUAUUUCCAUUAAUGUGAUAACUCAGGGUCAUCCUACCAAUGUCCAGCUGUACAACAUGCACUUACUGUAAAACAAAGGGUGCAUUUAAUAAUCUGGAAAAUGAUUUCAGUGGACUGUAAACUGAUAGACAUUUUGUUCUCACAAUGUGUUUUGCUGUGUAACAUCAAUGUAGGUUCUGUCAGUUACACCUGCUCUGACUAUAUGGCUGUUCCACCCAUUCAUAACAUCAGUUUCACUUUUUUUUCCCCCACUUCAUGAUUUGCACACAUUUAACAGAACCACAUAUGUAGACUGAAUUAAAUAAUGUGAAGACAACUUCUUCACAGAACCAAGCUACAUUCACAGGUGUAAAUGCACAUUUUAUAAACUCGUCUCUACAAACUUGUAAAAUCUUUCUUAAUUCCUUUUGGUCUGUUAAUAAAUAAUAUUGCCAAUA